AUGCCUGAGAUCUCGACUUCACUUGAUAUCGUUCAUGAUCAUGGUCAUACUGAGAACGUCAACCUCCCACAUCCAGUCUCUUCCUCAGACCUCGAUGAUCCAUCAGACCUGCCCAGGACCACACCCCGAUGGCGCACCAUCAAAUGGACGCCCUAUCGUCUCUUCUUCCCCUUCAGUGCCAUCCUAUUCGGAGCCUCGAAGUUCGUGCUUGCAGUGGCGGGAUAUAAUACUGGUUCCGGAGUGAUUGAACUUUGUUUCGGGGUAGUUCUUGCUCUUGUGUUCUGGGCGGGCGGACUUAUGGAGCCCGCAGCACCGAGAGUUGGACUCUGGGGAUGGUUCUUUCAUAGGAACUACGGGAGGGUUGUUCGGAAGGUCGUUUGGUCCAUUUCGGCCCUAUGGAUAGUGAUCCUGGCACCAUUUUGGAUGAUGGUGAAAAUAGCUUCAGCGAUGAUUUUCGCGUGCUCUAGGUCUCCGGUUUUCCACAGCGACAGAUGGCAUCAACUUGAAGAGCUCGAACACGGUCAUUACCAUCGAGAGCAUGAAGAACUCCAAUUUCGAUCCCAAACGACGACGCACCACCCACGUGCUCAUAACGACAGCCUUCAACAGCGGCAUCCCGACCCUUCGCACUCAAGGGCGGAGCUAAGUCCACGGUGGCUCGACGUCGCGUAUUCCACCACGAUCUAUUUUCCGUAUAAUCAUAACGAUAGCCUUCGUCAGCGACAUCCCGAUUCUUCGCACUCGAGGGCGGAGCCAGAUCCACAGUGGCCUGAGGUCGCGUAUGUCAGUGACCUCGAAUUCCCGCUCAUACCAUCUGCAGCGCCCAUCGUACGCCCUCAAGCGAUGCCCAUCUAUUUUCCGGAUGAUAUGGGGACGACGGACUUAGCACCAAGUCUGAAAGGGGGACAAUGCAAGAGCGUUAGGUCUAAAAGAGCUCCCGGUGGGCGUAGGGUAUUUUAUUUAGGGAGACGAGUUGGAGCACAGCCGCACUAGGAUGUUUUGGCUCGUGAGCCAUGGUUCGCGAACUUGUCCGGUAUCUCUCUUUAUGGACUCGAAACUGCACGAGCACGUAUGGAAACACUGCUCGGUCACUUUGGUCGUGCCGCUCCAUCUUCGUCCAUCCCACUCCGCGAGUCUGUUAUCUCAACAGUCAUGGGCCCUCGACUUCACCUGAUAUCAAUCAUAACGACGAUUGUAUGAACUCCCGACUUUCCAGAUGUGUUCCUUCCCAAAUACUACUGUCCUCCCCGAGCCGUCUA